UAUACGCCCGAAAAAGAACAUGCGCGAAAACAUUUUGAAGUUGGAGUAAGAAUUAAAAUAAUAAAAUGGGACGGUCGCGGGUCGUGGCACGCAUUUCCUUUGAUUCCACCUGUUAACGCGUUCUCUUGAAAGAACCGUGUACUGAGGCUAUCUUCAGAUUCUUAGUAAUUGCCUAUGUGUUAGUGGGUGAGUAUACACCAACGGAAACUAUUUGUAAUGUUAUCAUCUUGUGCAGGAUAGUAUACGGGCUCUUUAAUUUUUUAUCAACAAUGAGUAGCGACGGAAUAAAAAUGGAUCAGGCGUCAGCACAGAGACUUUUAGUCGAGGGUGCUACAUUAGUUGUGUUACAUGUGCCUGUUGGAACAGAGUUUGGAAUUGAUUUGAAAUCAUGGAACACAGCUGAUAGAUUUAAAGGCGUCAAAAUGAUUCCACCAGGAUUUCAUUAUGUGCAUUACAGCGCAGUAGACGAGUUCGGAGAAACGGCGCCUAAAAUUGGUUUCCUUCAUACAUUUAAAAAAUCUGAAUUUUUAAUCAAAUGCUGGGACCCAGAAGAGGAAGAUUUACACUCGACAGCUGUAGACGAAGAAACGGUUGAAAGAUUAAAAAGCAAUUUGAAAGAAUUAGACCGAUUCUUAGGGUGUUAUCCUUACGACACGUGGAAUCAAUGGAAAGAAUUAACGAAUCAUAUUACACCUGCUAUCGUCGAACGUUGUUCUCCAAUAUGUGGGUUUGUAAGAUCAGCUCUAGAGUUAGAACACUGCACCGACGCAGCGAGACCAAGAGGCGGUGAAUCGACCCCAAAAAGGAAAAAGAGAAGUGGAAUCACAGUCGAAGAAAAAGAAGAUGAACUGUUGCCUGAUAUGAAACCUAAGCCUGGUACAGAGCUCAGACUUUCGAAAAUACCUAAUAAACAAUAUCCGGAUGACGCAACGCCAAAUGAAAUCACAAAGCACUCUCUCGAUUCGAGUUACGCUUUGGACACUUUUCUUAAGAAGUUACCACUCCCUAUGGAAGUACUUGGCGAAAUGCAAUUAGCAUUCGUCUGUUUCUUGGUCGGUCAAAGUCUAGAUGCUUUUGAACAUUGGAAGAAACUCGUAUCUCUUAUCUGCGGCGCCGAUUCCGCGAUACCAGAACGUCGCGCUAUUUACUAUGAAUUUAUGAAGGCGCUCGAAACGCAAUUGAUGCACGUACCCGAAGAUGUACUCUGUGAUAUCGUAGCUAACAAUAAUUUCGUUUAUCACAGUCUACGAAAAUUGUUCGCAAACAUAGAACUCAAUUCUUACGUGGAUGGUCGUUUGAAAUCUUACGCAAUGAGAUUUAGCGAACGAUUGACUGCGAAAUUCCUCUGGGAUUUCUCUGAUCUGCAAGAAGAGGACGAAGACGAGGCACCAGUUGUUGUAUCUAUAGAAUAAGUUCCGUAUAUAAAUAAUUUUAAUGUUUCAAGAAUUUUAAAUAAAGAAACCAAAUCACAUUA